AGAGGGGGAGCAUGACUUCCCUGGAUCUAGACGCUAUUCCUCUAUUGAUGCAGGCCAGAAUCCCAUUGGCUUUUUUAGCUGCCGCGUCACAUUGUAGGCUCAUGUUUAACUUGUUGUCCACGAGGACUCCAAGGUCUUUUUCGCACACACUGCUGUCAAGCCAGGCGUCCCCCAUUCUGUAUCUUUGAUUUCCAUUUUUUCUGCCGAAGUGAAGUAUCUUGCAUUUGUCCCUGUUGAACUUCAUUUUGUUAGUUUCGGCCCAUCUCUCUAGUCUGUCAAGAUCGUUUUGAAUUCUGCUCCUGUCUUCUGGAGUGUUAGCUAUCCCUCCGAGUUUGGUGUCAUCUGCAAACUUGAUGAUCGUGCCUUCUAACCCUUCGUCUAAGUCGUUAAUAAAGAUGUUGAACAGAACUGGGCCCAGGACGGAGCCCUGCGGCACUCCACUUGUCACUUCUUUCCAUGAUGAAGACGACGCAUUGUAGGUUAUGGGUCACUAAAGAAGGGAUGAUGGCGUCAGAUGGCUUUCUCCCCCAUUUUGUAGUCAAAGAAGAGAAUGUAUGUGAACAAUGUAUAAACCAUGGAAACCCAUGUGAUUCUCCUAGUAGGCUUUGUGAGGACAUCCAAAGCCACAGUACUAAUAAAAUUAAUAACUGCAGCAAAUGUUCCAGUCGAAGUGGAAGCUUUCAGCUUGACUAUUCCAAUGACUUUCAUGCUAAUGUUCCAAGUAAGGCCAACAGUGGCAGUAGCAGCAGUUGUUCAGAACAGAACAACUGUGGAAGUUCUCACAACUACUAUUACGAAGAUUUUCACACAGACUCUUCUGAAACAUCAAGCAGAAGCAGCUGCAGCAGUCACUUAGAACAAACGGAAACCAAAGAAGAUGAAUUACCAAAGAAGAAAAUGGGACAUGAUCACCAAGCCAAAGGGAGGAAGACAUUACCUAAAAAGAAACAGCAGAAAAAGUGUUAUUCUGACAGUGCUAUAAAUUCUCAGAAGAAUACUGUGGCUCGCCGCUUAUUGUCCGCCAGACUCCACAAUGUUAAAGAGUUAAAGAACGAAGUCUCUGUUUUGAACAAUAAGUUGGAGGCAUCUAAUAUGGAAAACCAGAUCUUGAAGCGGCUGCAAUGUCGCCAUUUGAAAGCAAUAAGUCAAUAUGAAAAUGCAGAGACUAACCUACCUGACCUGAUGGCAAAGCAGACUGGUGAAGUAAAAACGCUAAAGACACUGCUCAGGAAAUCACAGGAGCAGGAGCACAAUGCAUCCAGGAAGCUUAAAGAAGUGGAAACACAACUGUUAAAGACGAAAGAUACCUUGCAGGCAUUGCAGAAACUUUCUGAAGACAAGCAUCUUGCUGAGAGAGGGGAACUUAGACGCAGAUUAGCCGCUCUCACAGAAAGGAUGGAAGCUAGUGAUAAGAAAAUUCAGGGCCUAGAAAAGCAGCUGGCAUUGAACAACGCAUCCUUUAAUCAUCAGUUAGCAGUUGAAAAGAAAAAGACAUUUGAAGCUCAGCUGGUUACCACAAGUUUGAAAAUGGAAAUCAAGUUGCUUAACCAAAAAAUUAAGGAAAAAGAAAGGGAACUUGGAAUACGAAAUAUUUAUGCAAACCGGAUGCUUAAAGAUCAGCAGAAGAAAAGUGAUUCAGAAUCUGCCCUAAAAGAAGUUAAUGUCAACAAAGCAGUACAAGUAGAUAUAUAUCUGGAACGAGUGACUUUUCAAAAACAUGAAAGAAAGCAAAAUGCAAUUAUUUCCAAAGAGGAGCUGACAACAAAAGACACAAGUGCAAAAGACAAAUUAAGCAAUGUAUAUAAAGAGAUGGAACUAAAAGCAGAAAUUCUUCAAACAGAAACAUUACCAGUGCAGGAAGUUUCAAAUAGAACAUGCUCAGAGUUAUUAGCAGAAAAUUUAUCUCUAAGUAGAGAAAGACAGAAGAACAGAAGAGAAAAGCAAGGGUUAGACUUAUUGAAAGAAGAGUUUGAGAAAUUAUGGACAGAAGAAUCAGUCCAGUCUACACAUGAAAUUCAGCAAAAAGAGAAUGGUCUGGGGGAAGCUCCAAUUGUGAAUCAAGAACAUGAAAACAAAAGAGAACCAAAAGAAGCAGUAAGUUAUAAACUGACAACAGUAAUACCAAGACCCAGAACACCGUCUAAAUUAAAGAAACAUUACAUAUUUACAGAAGCUGUUGAAAAUUUGCAUCAGGGAUUCCCUUCAACAGGACGACUGUCCACUACAAGCAGUGCAUGUAAUAAUAAACAGGUAAACAGACUUCCAAGUGAUAUAGCAGAAUUUAAAGCAAGUGAUUCUUCUACUACUGUUUAUGAGCCAUCCUUUGGGAAGAUGAGCAAACCAAAACGGGACAUUUCAGUUCUUGGUGAAGAGCAAAUUUCUGUGGUGUCAGUGGAGAAGAAAAACACUCUUAUGGAAGAACUCUUUGGGCCUAACUCCAUUUUGAAAGACAGUAAUUCACCUAAUUUUAAAAAGGUGGACAAGGAAAAAAAAACUUUACAGAAUGAAAAGAUUUGCAAUGACAUUUCAUAUAUGCAUGAUGGUUUGCAGUGUGGUGAUUCCAAACAAACUCCUAUAAAGAUUUUUGAUACAUUCUUGGAAAAUUUUAACUGAGUGAGGAAGAGUGAAAUUAUAAAUUUGUUAUUUAGGCUUUUCUGAGCUUAUUCAUCUUCAAACAUAGUGUUUUUCUGUGGAUUGUUUUCCCCUUUGAAUGUAAUUAAAUUAUUUCCCUACAGUCUUCUGCAUAUAUAACAGAAACUGAUAUUUCUUGACAAAAAAGUAUACACGAUAUUAUUUAAUACAGUAUUUCAAAAUGAAACAUGUUUUACUAUGCCACACAGUAUGUUAAAGAAUCUAAAAUAAAGAUCAAUGACAGUUGUACUACCAGAGAAAGCAUAAAAAUAAGCUGGUUACAAUGCUUUGAAAGAAUUGUACUGAAUAGGGAUUGGUGCAAAUCUUUGUGGAAAAAGUAGUAAAUGCCUGCCUAUUUUCCAGUACAUAACUUUUGCUGAUUCCAUUCUAGGACGUCUCUAAAUAAAUACCGGUGAAGCAGUUAAAAUACAUGCAUAGCUAAAGUCAGGGUAGUGAGGCAUGAAGAUUGGAUGAACUGGGAUUUACAAUAUUCUGCUAACAACAAAUCUGUGUAGGAUUUAUGUAAACUAGUAUGGACAUAUUUUAAGACUGAUCAAAUGGCUGUAAAUUAUAGCAGAAACUGCAUACAAGAGUACUGCUAAAAAUAGUAUUCUCACUUUCAUAAACUAAAUUACACUGUCAAUUUCAUCUCACUAUGUGAACCCAUAUGCAAAGAAAUGUGUUAUAACAGUGCCUAUGAUUAUUAAAGCGAUAUAUACA